AUGGUUCAUGAUAAGAGGUCAACCAUUGAAAACGCAGACAAAUGCAAUCAGGCACUUCAACGUCAGACCGUCAGAGUAGGGUCAGACACUGGAUCUGGAGACUGGAGACUGGUCUGGAUCUUCGAGAAGUCGCCAAUCUCUCCACAUUACGUGGGAUUACUCAAAGCGGUAUUCCAGCCCAAUACCAAGCAGAGGGCAGAGAUUGGCAUGAAGUCAUAG